AUGUCUACGCCAUUCGGAGUAUUUUGUCAUACUCCAAGCAAUUUAGCUAUGUUGCGCGCUGGACGCAUUGCACUAAGAUCCUUUCGUCCAAUUACCACAGAAAAACUAGCAAACAAUCAGAUACCGCUGAGUCGAAGAGCAUCCUCCAUGAUCUUUCCAGAAGCUCGAGCUGUCGACCCUAUAGCAUCAGUUGGAAUUGUUCCCAUUGGUGACUCAAAUGGCAAUUUCAGCACCAAGUCUCGAAAACAACAUCUGCUGAUUAAUACGAGAGCUGAGUUGAACAAGGCCCAACGAAUCGUCGUGAAACUUGGCAGUGCAGUAAUUACCAGGGAGGAUGAAUGUGGCCUGGCUCUUGGCAGACUGGCAUCGGUCGUAGAACAGGUCAUAUUUACUUUUUAG